CUGAACUUAUUUAUUGUCAUCAUUUCUGGAAAUGUGUUAUUCGCUUUCUAAAAUAGGUUAAAGGGUUUAAUUGAACUUCCAAAGAUUGAAGCGAUUUUUCCUUUUUUGGAAUAGAAUUGGACCUUGAUACACGGUUUACAUCCAUGUUUUCUGUAUUUUAUACUCUGUGGAUAAAUUGUUUUCUGUCAACCGUCUCUAAUCUUUCUGCAUUCCAUGACUUUUUCGGUCAUUUGCGAAUCGGUUAUCUGUAGAUAGAUGACGUUUUCUUUUGUUCGCUAAACAGCUAUCCUUUGAGAGAGGACUUUAUAUGUCGUCUCUGAAUUUGUUCUAUUUGGAGAGAUGUGAAUAUAUUUUCCCAACGACUUUUGUUUGGUUCCAUUGAUUUAAAAUGUGUAUUUAUGCUUUCUUAAUUUCUUCUUUAAUAUUUGAAUAAAUGAGUCAGCUGGUUGAUCCACUUGUAGCUUGUCGUGAUGCAUAAAGCGCGUAUAUCGUAAAAAAGAGAGAGAUAGAGAGAGAGAGAGAUAAUCAUGUACCUAUAGCAGUUUGAGUGCAAUUAUGAAAAAGUGAGAGGAAAAGGUUCUGCGUUCUCUUUGGUUCUCGGUAUUUUAAAUUUGCGUGUUUUCCAUCUUUUCUCUUGUUUCAGGUUUUGGAUGGUUCUCACUUGUUGGUAGGGAGUUUGUGUAUGAUUACAAAGAGAUGAGUCACACAAAAAAUGAGAGGGAAGAUGGGAUUCUCUCUAAGGAUCAGACAGAAUCAUCGUUGAUUGAUGAUGGCAACUGUGGAGGAGGUACCGGUGGGGGAGUUGUUCUGAAGAAAGGACCAUGGACGUCUGCUGAAGAUGCAAUUUUAAUUGACUAUGUGAAGAAGCAUGGGGAAGGCAACUGGAAUGCUGUUCAGAAGCACUCUGGACUAUUUCGUUGUGGAAAAAGUUGUCGCUUACGUUGGGCAAAUCACUUGAGGCCAAACUUGAAGAAAGGGGCAUUUACUCAAGAAGAAGAACAGCUGAUCAUUGAACUCCAUGCAAAGAUGGGAAAUAAAUGGGCUCGAAUGGCUGCACAUUUGCCUGGUCGUACAGAUAAUGAGAUAAAAAAUUAUUGGAAUACCCGGAUUAAGAGACGUCAGCGUGCUGGGUUACCUCUCUACCCUCCUGAAGUGUGCUUGCAAGCGUUGCAGGACAGUCACGGUACCAGUGCAGUUAAUGGAGGGGAUAAAGGACCUCAUGAUAUCUUGCAGAACAACAGCUAUGAGAUACCUGAUGUCAUAUUUGACAGUUUAAAGACAAGUCAAAAUGUCCUGCCUUACGUCCCUGAACUUCCUGAUAUAUCUACAAGCAGCAUGCUGAUGAAAGGUCUAGGUUCUCAAUAUUGUAGUUUCAUGCCACCAACAAUCCAUCGCCAGAAACGUCUUCGAGAAGCUACAGCCUUUUUCCCUGGUUACACUGGUGCUGUUAAAAAUGAAUGCCCCUUGUUUGAGCAGUUUCAAGAUGAUAUCUCAGACAAGGCUGCUCAAUCCUUUGGGUUGUCUUUUCCAAUUGAACCAGAUCCUGCAACCAAGAACUCCUUGCAAUUUGGUGUAUUCCCAGGUAGCCAUAACCUUUCAAAUGGCAAUUUCUCUGCUUCAGAGCCUCCUUUGGAGGCUGUGAAGUUGGAGCUCCCUUCACUCCAAUAUCCAGAAACUGAAUUAGGUAACUGGGGCACAUUUUCUUGCCCACCACCUUUACUUGAGUCUGUUGAUGCUUUUAUCCAGUCACCACCACCACCCAGCAUAGCAGAGUCAGAUAGCCUUUCACCCCGUAAUAGUGGCCUGCUGGAUGCUUUACUUCAUGAGGCAAAAACUCUAAGCAGCGCAAAGAACCAUGCAUCUGAGAAGAGUUCAAAUUCAGCUACUCCCGGUGAUGUAGCUGAAAGUUCCACCUUCAACAUCUGUGAGACAGAAUGGGAAAACUGUGGAGAGCCUCUUUCUCCAAUGGGUCAUUCAGCAACUUCUCUUUUAAGUGAGUGUAUCAGUGCAAGUGGCAGUACGUUGGAUGAACAGCCACCUGCUGAAACCUUUACUGAGUCUCAAGUGAAAUCAGAGCCAGCUGACCAUGUUUUCACCCCAGAGAUACAAAAUGAGGCUCCUAUUCGGUUGGACAGUUGUCACCCUGAUACAUUACUUGCUUCUAAUUGGCUUGAGCAAGAUUCUGGUUACGAUAAGGACCAAACCAUCAUGACCGAUUCCAUAGCAGCCCUUCUCGGUGAUGAUUUGAGUACUGAAUACAAGAAUAUGGCAGCUGGAACAUCUAUCUCGAGUCAAGCAUGGGGCCUUGGUUCUUGUGCAUGGAACAAUAUGCCUGCCGUCUGUCAAAUGUCCGAACUCCCUUGAGAUGAGCCAUCUUGAUUGUAUGAACUUCUCUGAAGCUAUUUUCUUUUUGUUUCAUUCAUUGCAUGAUUUGUUUGACGUGUGUGGUCAAGCGGGCCUGAUGUAACGAAGUUCAUUUGGGGUGAGACUAUAAUAUGGUAAGAGUCGUGAAUGUCCGGUUUGUUGUUUUUGAUGUUUUUCUUGUUGAACUGUUGAAUGUGUGUAUGCCGAUACAGAACUAUUAGGCAUACAGAUGCGUUCAAGAUGUUGUUAUAAUUUUAGAAUAAUUGUGCACUUUUAGCAUGGAA